CCGCGGUGUUGUGUGUGUGUGUGUGUGUGUUGCAGGCCUUCGAGGAAAAAGUUGCCGAGCGGCGAGUUGCCCGCCCCGCGGCCGGCGGCAGGUGCCCGGCAGGAGGCAGCGAUGUAGGAGGCGCGGGAGGCCCGAGGAGCUAAGUGGGGAUGUGGGCAUGGCGCGGGUAGGCUCGGCACGGCGCGCACCGGCUUCCAGGGCAGCGGCUCCCAGCCCUCCCCCCGCGGGGAAGGGGCACCGAGCGCGGUUUCUUUAAAAAAAAAAAAAAAGAGAGAGAGAAAAAAUUAAAAAAAAAUAAAAUCCGAGCGGACAAAGCAGACCCGCCCCGGCCCGCUGCCCGAGGAUGGAGUUUCAGUAGCCGGCCGGGGGGCACAGGGGUUCGCGGGGGGCCCGCGCGCACAUGAAGACCCCGCGAGCGCCCGGCGGCACCAGGAGAUAAGGCCCGAGGGGCUCCAUGUUCCGCAAGGUGGGCCGCGUGUGGUGAACCCCAGCUUCUGGCGAAGUGUGGCAAAUCUCGGUUUUGUGGCCCAAUGACAGCUUGACCCAGUUGUUGUCCGACCCGGGGGCAUUUUGUUGAAUGUCUCUUUGUGGCACGACGGCCAACGCAAAAAUGAUGGCGGCUUACAAUGGCGGUACGUCUGCGGCAGCGGCAGGUCACCACCACCACCAUCACCACCACCUUCCUCACCUCCCUCCUCCUCACCUCCAUCACCACCACCACCCGCAGCAUCACUUGCAUCCAGGCUCUGCGGCUGCGGUACACCCCGUACAGCAGCAUGCCUCUUCGGCGGCUGCGGCCGCGGCGGCUGCGGCCGCGGCCGCGGCGAUGUUAAACCCAGGGCAGCAGCAGCCAUAUUUCCCAUCACCGGCACCGGGUCAGGCCCCUGGACCAGCUGCAGCAGCCCCAGCUCAGGUACAAGCUGCAGCAGCUGCUGCAGUUAAGGCGCACCAUCAUCAGCACUCACAACAUCCACAACAGCAACUGGAUAUUGAGCCGGACAGACCUAUUGGAUAUGGAGCCUUUGGUGUCGUCUGGUCAGUAACAGAUCCACGAGAUGGAAAGAGAGUUGCACUCAAAAAGAUGCCCAACGUCUUCCAAAAUUUGGUCUCUUGUAAAAGGGUCUUCCGGGAGUUGAAGAUGUUGUGUUUUUUUAAGCAUGACAAUGUACUCUCAGCCCUCGACAUACUCCAGCCUCCACACAUUGACUAUUUUGAAGAAAUAUAUGUUGUCACUGAAUUGAUGCAGAGUGACCUCCAUAAGAUUAUCGUCUCUCCUCAGCCACUCAGCUCGGAUCAUGUCAAAGUUUUUCUUUACCAGAUUUUAAGAGGUCUGAAAUAUCUACAUUCUGCUGGCAUUUUACAUCGAGACAUUAAACCAGGGAACCUACUUGUGAACAGCAACUGUGUUCUUAAGAUUUGUGAUUUUGGAUUGGCCAGGGUGGAAGAAUUAGAUGAAUCUCGUCACAUGACUCAGGAAGUUGUCACUCAGUAUUAUCGAGCUCCAGAAAUCCUGAUGGGCAGCCGUCACUACAGCAAUGCUAUUGACAUCUGGUCUGUAGGCUGUAUCUUUGCAGAAUUACUUGGACGAAGAAUAUUGUUUCAGGCACAGAGUCCCAUUCAGCAGUUGGAUUUGAUCACAGACCUGUUGGGAACACCAUCACUGGAAGCGAUGAGGACAGCUUGUGAAGGCGCCAAGGCACACAUACUCAGGGGUCCUCAUAAACAGCCAUCCCUUCCUGUCCUAUAUACACUUUCCAGUCAAGCUACACACGAAGCAGUUCAUCUCCUUUGCAGGAUGUUGGUCUUCGAUCCCUCCAAAAGAAUAUCCGCUAAGGACGCCUUAGCUCACCCAUAUCUCGAUGAAGGGCGGCUGCGAUACCACACCUGUAUGUGCAAAUGCUGUUUUUCCACAUCUACUGGAAGAGUUUAUACUAGUGAUUUUGAACCCAUCACUAAUCCCAAAUUCGAUGACACUUUUGAAAAGAACCUCAGUUCUGUUCGUCAGGUUAAAGAAAUAAUUCAUCAGUUCAUUUUGGAACAGCAGAAAGGAAACAGAGUACCUCUCUGCAUCAACCCUCAGUCUGCUGCUUUUAAGAGCUUUAUUAGGUAACUUUCCACAGUUGCUCAACCGUCUGAGAUGCCGCCAUCUCCACUGGUUUGGGAGUAAAGUGGAAGAUAAUAUACUACUGAAGAUGUAAUGUAGCUUUCCACUGGAGUCUGGGAUUUGCAAUUCUGGAGGUUAAUCAUGCUUGUACUGUAAUUUUACUAAUGAAGUUUUAAAUUAACAACCACUACUUGUACAAUAUGAAUAAUAUUUAGAAAUGUACUAGACUUUUAAUCUUGUAAAGUGGUUGUGCUUUUAGAAGAAAAUAUUUUACCCAGAGUUGCACGUGUUUUUUGAAUUCUAGUGCAGCUGUGAUGGCUCAGCUCAGAACAAACAGAAUUGAACCAAAUUUGGGAAGGAUUUUUUUUUUCCUUUUUUUCUUUUUCUUUUUUUUAAUCAAAGAGAGAUUGUACAAAAAGAUAGACAUACAUUUUGAUAUUGAGCCAUUCCUGAAGAUUUGGGGUUUUCUAAAACUAAGGAAUACAGAAAACUUGACUGCGACCAAUCAUGAAGUCAUGUCAGAUGACUGACCACGGUAGGUGGGCAAGUCACCUGGUGAUCCAAUCUAUAAAUAGCUUCUCACUAGAGCUGUGAUGGUGAUGUGUGCUGUUCUAAAAUCAGAUGUUGUGAGUAGAGAGAAUGAGUUUGUGACUAGGAGAGACUAAACUUCUGUUUCCUUACCCAGUAUAAAUAUAUAUAUAUAUUUAAUCUAUUUUUAUUAGAAGUUUUUUCUGCUCUUUCUUACAUAAAAACCCCCCAGCAUGCAUCUUCUAUGUGUGUAAAUAAUUCCAUUUAUGGGCUAAUUUCAGAGAUCCCUGACAUCAUUGCUGUAUAGAGAGAAACUAGCUUGCACAUUUUAGGUCUGUGAAAUUUUGUGAGAAUUUUUUCCUGCACUGGACAGUUGAGAGAAAAAAAAGGAAAGGAAAAAAAAGCACAUAGGGAAUUAUGUUAAUUGUGUUUGUGUCUUUAGGCAAAGCUGUGGAAGUCUUGAAAUGUCACAGUAGUAAAUAACUUUUAUUACUUUUUGGCUAAUUCUUUUUCUGUUGGAACACUGAAUUCUGUGCAUAUGUAUAUAUGAACACAAAUUGAAGGCCUCUACCUCCUGGAGUAUACAACUUGGUUUGUUUACCUCCACAUGAUUUUUUUUUUUUUUAAGUUCAGUGUGGAGACUUGAAACUUGAAUGUCCCUUCCAACUUUUAUAUUUAAAACAAGACUAGAAAAUUGAAGACUGUUUUUCACCUGUACAAAGAAAUAUUAAAGGGUGGUCUUAAAAUUUGAACAUUGGUCUGGAGAAAAACCAUGGUGUUUGUUAUGGACAAUUAACUGUUAAAGUUAUUGUAAGUUAUCUGUAUUUAGCAGAGUAUUUUCAACGAGUGAUCUGAGCUGAAAUUGGAGACUAUUAGUAAGUUAUGUUUGGAAGUUUUAACUUCAAUGAAGUAAUUAUUUGCUGUGAAAGAGACAAACAUUGAAUAACUGAACAAAGAUGGUGCAAUAUCUUUGUUUUUUAUGAGGCUCCUGAGAAUAAAACCAACUGAAGCAUUUCAAUUCACUUGAAUGAGAAACGUGUUUAAUUAAAAGAGCCCAAGAAGACACUGGUAUGAAAGGUAAAAUCUCAGAGGUUGGUCAGUUAAUGUGGCACACUUGCUGGUCACUUUGUAAAAUGUAGAUUUGAAGUACAGUGGUGAAAACAUUAAAUGUGACAUUUGAAAAAGAAGUGUGUUAUCUUUAUUUCCUGUCUCAUCUCCUACCUUUAUUUAAGAUUUGAUUGUUACAAUCUUGAUUAAAUGCUGUCUAAACGAUUACAAGUAAAAAGAGUUUAUAACA